GAGAGCGGGCUGGAGGGCGGGAGCAGGAGGCGGAGGGGACUGAGCGCGGCUCGGGCGGUGGCUGCUGGGGAACGUUGUUGGCUGCUGUAAGGGCUUCCUCUUCCCUGCUCUUUUGCGUCUCCUUUCUCCCAGUGUCCUCCCAGUUGACUGAAGGGGCGCAAUGUCCGCGGAGAUCCCCGAGGCGGCCUCGGCUGAGGAGCAAAAGGAAAUGGAAGAUAAAGUAACUAGUCCAGAGAAAGCAGAAGAAGCAAAAUUAAAAGCAAGGUAUCCUCAUCUGGGACAAAAGCCUGGGGGUUCAGAUUUCUUGAGGAAGCGACUGCAAAAAGGACAAAAGUAUUUUGACUCUGGGGAUUACAACAUGGCUAAAGCAAAGAUGAAGAACAAGCAGCUUCCUACUGCAGCAGCCCCUGAUAAAACAGAGGUCACUGGUGACCACAUUCCUACUCCGCAGGAUCUUCCACAGCGGAAACCAUCCCUUGUUGCUAGCAAGCUGGCUGGCUGAUUAAAAGAGCUGAACUGCAUGAAUCUCCUCAUUCCUGUUAUUUCUCUCAAACAUGUUACUUCUCAGCUUUUUUUCCUUCCAUACACUAAGUCAUUGAGACUGACAGCUUUGCAGGUAGCGGUAGUGUGUGCUGCUAUUGUUAAGGGAGUAAACUUUUAAGAAUAAACUGUAGUACUUUGGACUAGUUGAACAAUGCACUGAUGAAAAGGACACAUGUUAGAGCAAUGUAAAGUAAUCUACUUGAAAAUAAAUGUAUAUAUUGCCUGUUCCUUAGUGUAGGACUGGUUCCAGCAAGUAACGAGCAAGUUUUAAAGUUUCACUGUUUUGGCUUUCUUUAUUCAUCUUAAUUACAGCUUUAUAUGUUUGUGUUAUUUAAUAUAAUCUAUUGUGUUGCUUUUUUCUGUAUCUUUCUGUUUGGUUUUGUAAAACAGAGUUUUAAGACCACAAGUUGUUAGAUCAUGUAUUUAAAAUGAAAAACACAUACAAUACAUACACUCACACACGCACACAUGCACACACACACACAAUAUACAUAUAUAUACACAUAACACUAGGUGGGAUUCUAAAAGAUUUCUAUCUCUGCUCUUAGACUUGAAUGGCCUUAAACCUGUUUCAGCUUUAACAAUAGAAUUUUACUUGGGCAAUAUUUGCCCAUACUGAUGUAACCUUUUGUGAAUUUAGUGCUUAUUAACAGCUUCCCAUUGAAACUGGUUUUUUUUUUCCCCUUCAGUUCUAUAGUGUUAGAAUAUCUUUUCUUUUGAAGAUGUGAAUGAAGUGUGCAUGUGCAUAGACUGUUGAAUUCACUUUUGUGCCAUUUUUGUAAAUAUAAUAGUUUUGCACAA